UUAAUCGGAGGUUCAUCAGAGAAAAAACCCAGACGUUGUUUUUCGCUUCGUCGCUGGCGUUUUUCCUCGCCGCCGUCGAGCACCCACCCACUACCACCGUCUGCUCCGCCGGUAACAACACCUCUGUCAACGUUGUUGUUCACUCAGUAAGAUUCGCGCUUCCCUGUGUAGCAACCAAAAAAUCGCAGUCUCCUCUUCCUCCAGAGCCAAAUGUUUGCAUGAUCUGUCUGAGACUCCUUCACACCUGUUUCCCAUGUCAUCAUCUGUGAUUUCCAGAACUCAUGGCUUUCCACGCACUGUGUUCUUGCUUAGCAGAAACUCACCACGCCAUUGCUCUUCUUCAACACAACCCACCUCGUUAUCACCGUCAUCAUCUUCUUCUUCUUCUCCUCUGCCUCCUCCUCAGUCCACGGUAGAUAGGGUAUGCGCAUUGGUAUGUGAUUCGUUUCAUCAGCAUACCCACAUGAGAGUGUCACCUCCAAGGCUCCACCUUAGCAUUGACCCCGAUUCCUUGACCCACGAGCAGGCCGUUACCACUGUGGCUUCACUUGCUGGCAAUGCUGGUUCAAUGGUGGCUCUGAGUUUCUUCCAUUGGGCAAUUGGGUACUCCAGGUUUCGGCAUUUUAUGCGUCUGUAUAUAGUGUGUGCAACGUCCCUUAUUGGGAAUGGAAAUUUACAGGAAGCGCAUGAAGUGAUGCAGUGUAUGGUGAGGAGUUUUGCUGAGAUUGGGAGGUUGAAAGAGGCAGUGGAAAUGGUUUUUGAAAUGCACAACCAGGGUAUGGUUCCGAAUACUCAGACAUUGAAUCUGGUCAUGAAGAUUGCAUGUGAAAUGGGGUUGGUUGAUUAUGCACAGUACCUGUUCGAGGAAAUGUCUGCGAGGGGGGUUCACCCGGAUUCUGCUAGCUACAGGGUGAUGGUUGUUGCGUAUUGUAAAAUGGGCAAUGUUUUGGAGGCAGAUAAAUGGUUGAGUGUUAUGCUUGACAGGGGGUUUUUGGUUGACAAUGCAUCAUUUACAUUGAUAAUCAGUGAAUUCUGCGAAAAGGGUUUCGCAACCAGAGCAUUGCGGUAUUUCCAUAAGUUUAGUGAUAUGGGUUUGAAACCGAAUUUGAUUAAUUUUACCUCUAUGAUUGAAGGUUUGUGCAAAAGGGGCAGCAUCAAGCAAGCGUUUGAAAUGUUGGAGGAGAUGGUUUGUCAAGGUUGGAAACCUAAUGUUUAUACACACACGGCAUUAAUUGAUGGUCUUUGCAAGAAAGGAUGGACUGAGAAAGCAUUCAGACUGUUUCUUAAGCUUGUUCGAAGUGAAAAUAACAAGCCAAAUGUCCUUACGUAUACUGCCAUGAUAAAUGGAUAUUGCAGAAAUGACAAACUGAACCGUGCAGAAAUGCUUCUGGGUAGAAUGAAAGAGCAGGGAUUAAUCCCAAACACCAACACUUACACAACUCUCAUUGAUGGGCACUGUAAAGCAGGGAAUUUUGAAAGAGCAUUUGAUUUGAUGAAUCUAAUGAGUAGAGAAGGUUUCAGUCCAAAUAUCUGUACAUAUAAUGCCAUUGUUGAUGGCCUUUGUAAAAAGGGAAGGGUACAAGAGGCUUAUAAAAUGCUUAAGGAUGGUUUUCAUAAUGGGUUAGAAGCUGAUAAAGUCACCUAUAAUAUUCUCAUAUCUGAACAUUGCAAACAGGCAGAUAUUAAGCAAGCAUUGGCGUUAUUCAGUAAGAUGGCCAAGAGUGGUAUUCAACCUGACAUUCAUUCAUACACCACACUGAUUGCAGUCUUCUGUAGGGAAAAAAGAAUGUCAGAAAGUGAGAUGUUUUUUGAGGAAGCUGUAAGAUUCGGAUUUAUCCCUACAAAAAGAACAUAUACGUCUAUGAUAUGUGGUUAUUGCCGAGAAGGAAAUCUAACCAUGGCUAUUAAGUUUUUCCAUAGGAUGAGUGACCAUGGUUGUGUUCCCGAUUCAAUUGCAUAUGGUACUCUUAUAAGUGGGCUUUGCAAACAGUCAAAGUUGGAUGAGGCCCGUGGGUUGUAUGAUUCCAUGAUAGAAAAGGGACUUAUCCCGUGUGAAGUUACUCGGAUAACUUUGGCUUAUGAAUAUUGUAAGAUAGAUGAUUGUUGCUCUGCUAUGGUUAUUCUUGAUAGGCUGGAAAAGAAACUCUGGAUCCGUACAGCUACUACCCUCGUCAGGAAGCUUUGUAGUGAAAGGAAAGUAGGCAUGGCAGCACUGUUCUUUCACAAGUUGCUGGACAUGGACUUCCACGUCAAUCGUGUAACAUUAGCAGCAUUCAUGACCGCAUGCUAUGAAAGCAAUAAGUAUGCUCUUGUUUCUGAUUUAUCUGCAAGGAUAUACAAGGAUAACCGUUUAGCAAUAAAUGUCACAAAUAACAGUGAAUAGAAAGAUGAAAAAAGUUACACACAGAGAGAGCUUUGCUUCUCUUGUGGUUCCUACCUUGCUCAACUCUAGAUUAAUCCAGCUCCAAGAUGGCUUUUGGACAUCAAGGGGUUAAGACCAAAAAGAAGUAGCUGCAAAUGAUGUGAGAUUUGCGGCAUCUUAAUCUUAAAUUCUGCAUUGGAGUACUAUGUUAAUGUGAACAACAUCUGGGGUCAUGAAGGAACCAAAUUUUGUUACUCCUCAGUUUUGCUUUUUGUCAGGUUUCAUUUGAUGUGCUUUUUUGAAAGUCCGGUAAAUAUCAUUAAUCAAUGAAAGGUUCAGAAUCAUUAUAUUGCCUAGCAUCAUUCAAAAUUAAAGAAGAAACACCAGGGGGGGGGGUCACACUCAACCCACACUUGGUCAUGAAAUUCGAAGGCAAGGUGAGCAAUAGAAUCAACCACAUGAUUUGCUGUUCUUUUGCAGUGCAAUAAGUAGCGAGGAUUGAAGAGGUUCUAAGCAUCUUGCAGUCUCCAACCACUGUAUCUAGAAUCUAGAUAGGUGUUAUGCAUAUUUGGUCUCUGCCAUGCUUGAACUAAUAAAAGGCAGUCUGUUUUAAUCCCCAAGCAUCGAAAGCCAAGGUCCUGAGCUAGACGAAGGCACUAACGCAGUCCAAUGGCUUCUGCGACAGAAAUUUCAUAUUCAUUAGGAAGAAAACUGGUUGCAGCUGCCAAAGAAUUACCAUUACCAAAUUCAUCUCUGAAAAUUACUCCCAGACCUGUUCCAACAUGUCUUCUAACUGAGGCAUCUAUGUUUGCUUUAAUGCACCAUUUUUUGGUGCUGCCAAUGGGAAUCUUUUGGUGCAUCUAUUUGAUGUGCUCAUAGCAAGCAGUCUAGGAGAAGAAAAACAACGAAAAUGAAGAGGCCUGUCAUUGCUAUCAUUGUGGUAUCCCAUCAGAACUUAGUAGCUGUAACUGGAAUACAUGUGGUAUCCCAUCAGAACUUAGUAGCAUGUGUUGCUGUACCUGUGCUAAGAGUCUCAAAGACAACAUUCCAAUAUUCCAUCGACUGCUGACAGUUAUACAGCAUGCCAAUGUUUUGAGGAAGAUGCUAGCUAUUAUGCCAGGCCAGGGUAAAUGAUGAUGUUUCUGAAGCUUCCAAACAGCAUCCCGAUCCCCUGUAAUGUCAAAUGUGCAGAGUAAAUAUAUUCUUUUUUCACGGCAUAUCUUACCAUUUUUUUUUCAAAUAUCAUAUCUAUUUUACUUGAACUCUUUUUUCCCUGUAUCUUCUCCCAAUUGUUUGUAGCAAUACUUGGUAAAAGAUAUCAAAGUGGGUUGCUA